CGUGUGGGAGGUUCUGUUCACUGUUGACAAUUCGCCUUGUCGUGGAAGUUAAUUCUGCAUUUUCUCGUAUCUACAAUUUACCUCUAAUAACUUAAAUUUUCCGUUUUAUAUGAUAAUCGCCGAAAUAGUCAAACGUUUAAUGGUGUUAAAUUAUUUCCCCCAUAUCAGAACAAACGAAUAUUUUAAAGGUAUGCUCAGCUCGAAACUCCUGAGUUUUUAACCCUUCCGAUCACACCUUCGGAUCAUGGAAAGGCAAAUGUUUCCGGAUUAAAACGUCAAUUCCUUUCAAAGGAAUUCUUCUUCUUCACCGUUUCCACAUAUUUAUCUGCAUAGUUUACAUUUGUGCAGCAUGGUCUACGCAGAAGCAGACGAAGGUUACGGGCGACAGAUGGUUCCAGAUGUCGAUGUCUUUAUAAGUAACUACACCAUUGUCGAUCCUCAAGUGUAUCAACUCUGGGUCGACGGGUGCACAUCUCAAGAUGCAGUGGAUACGGUACACAAACAAGUACCAAAACAUGGUGAUAAUACAUUGGAACUUGUAAAGAGUGAUGUUUCUGACCAUUAUAGAACAUACAACCUUCUUGAAAAACUUUUACAUAAUCCUCCUAAACUAGCAGAACAACUUCAUUUCCAGAUAGAACCCUUGACGAGACAGUUAUUAAUUGAAAAGUAUUAUGAAUUUGAUGACCCUGUUAUUAGGGAGUUACUUGGGAAAAAGUUAUCCUCUAGGUAUCGAAAAGAUUUAGAUGAAGUUAGUGAUAAAACCAAUAUAUCUGUUAAAUCAUGCAGGAGGCAAUUUGAUAAUGUUAAAAGAAUAUAUAAAACAGUCGAGGAUAUGCAAGGUUCACUUAUAAAGAAUAUACGCCAUCUGUUUUUACUACCUGAAGAACUUGCAAAGCGAUAUGGAGCAGUUGUGUUUAUGGCGAACAUGAAAGUUGAGACAGGAAAACGUAAACUUCAGUAUUUGACGUUCAAUGACUUUUAUGAGUGCGCGCUGGCCAUAAUGCACAGCUGGACAUGUCCAGCGGGGACAUCAGAGCAUGAAGAGUGUGACCUUGACAGAGAAUUUUUUCUGGACUUAAGAGAAAUUCGAACCCUGCUUGAUAAAGAAAAAGAAUUAAAACACCUUGUUUGUUCCAAAAUCAAGCCUCAGCUUUUGGAGAAAGCUUACCAGGAACUAGAAAAUAAUUUUCGUACUUAUUCAAGAUCGUUGAUAACUUUAGGGUGCAACUUACACCGUCAACGGGAUUUAAAGUUUUUAUUCAUUGAGCUGGUUGAAAAAUGCAUCGAACCCUGGCGUCAAGUAUCCUGGACUUCGAAUGAUCUUACAGCAUUUUUAUCAGCUUUCAAAACCUGUGCCCUUCAGUUGGACUGUUUAAGAGAACAAGAUACACGUGCAGCAUGGGAACGCUAUAUGUCAGUUUUAGCAUGUUGCCUUCUAAAAAUGUAUCAUUCCUAAGGAUUGCUGUUUCAAGAUUGACCAUAUUGAACUUCAUUGUAUAAAAAUCAUUGGUUAGAAUCAACAAAACAUUUAUUCGGAUACACAGAAGUCUGGUCAAUUGGUAUCAUUUUGACAUUUACUUGCCGAAAAAUGAUUAUCCAAUCGAAACAUAGUUUUAUAAACUGUUUAGUCAUAAAUACACACAACAUUAAGGUAAUAACUGAACCUGACUGUUGAUGUGGUAAAAUUGUAAAAUAAAUUAUAUUUUUGUAAAAUUUG